CCCGGCGAUUGAGCCAAACAGGCGUUCCCAGCUUCCGACUUCUUUUCUCCCCACGUGUGCUGCUGUCGGUGUUCUGCCCAGUAAUUCUCACUGUUGGCGUGGUGCAGCUACAUCGAAGGAUAGAGUGGCAGCGUUGCUGAUGGAGUUUGCUGCUGAAGAUGAAGAAAUUCCGGGAGGAGUUCUCCAGAGGGUAGCUGAGGGGGUGCGGCUUAGUCCCGAGUCUGGUAGGAAGGGAGUCCGGGACUUAGCAGGGAAGGAGGAGGCUCGUGGUGGAAAGAAGGGGAAAGGAUUUACAGGAAGGAAGAAGACAGAGAAUGCAGAAGAAGGAAGUGGGCAAAGAGCAGAGGAAAUGCGAAUGGACCUAACACUUGUGAAGCAAGAAGUCAUGGACUGGUCGGAUACAGAAGGCGGCACGUUGAAUAGCCAGUGGGUAAAGCAGGAGGUGGAGGAGGAUGCACCUGAGGUGAAGGAUGAGAAAGCUGGCAUAUUGGAGGUGAAGCAGGAAGUGGAUAGUAAUUUGGUGGUAAAAGAAGAGAAGGUGGAUAAACUAGGGGUAAAGGAAGAGAAAGUGAAGGUGAAGGAAGAAGUAAUGAACUGGCCAGAAGUGAAGGACGAGAAGGAGGAUAACUUGGAGAUAAAACAGGAGAUGUUUGUCGAUCAGGAAAUAAAAGAGGAGAUGAUGAAUGGAGCCUGUGUAAAAGAAGAGAAAGAUUUUAUGAAGAAAGAAAUGAUGGAAGACACAAAGAUGAAAGAAGAGCCUGAGAUAAAUCCCCCAUUGGGCUGCAAGAGGAAACUGGCCAUGUCAAGGUGUGAAACUUGUGGUACAGAAGAAGCAAAGUACAGAUGUCCACGUUGUAUGCGAUAUUCCUGCAGUUUGCCCUGUGUGAAGAAACACAAAGCAGAACUGACAUGUAAUGGAGUUCGAGAUAAAACUGCUUAUAUUUCAAUACAACAGUUUACUGAAAUGAAUCUCCUAAGUGAUUACCGCUUCUUAGAAGAUGUGGCAAGAACAGCAGACCAUAUUUCUAGAGAUGUUUUCUUGAAAAGACCAAUAAGUAAUAAACAUAUGUACUUUAUGAAAAAUCGUGCUCGAAGGCAAGGUAUUAACUUAAAACUUCUACCCAAUGGAUUCACCAAGCGGAAAGAGAAUUCAACAUUUUUUGAUAAGAGAAAACAACAGUUUUGUUGGCAUGUAAAGCUCCAGUUUCCUCAAAGUCAAGCUGUGUACAUAGAAAAACGAGUACCAGAUGAUAAAACUAUUAAUGAAAUUCUAAAACCUUACAUUGAUCCUGAAAAGUCUGAUCCUGUAAUUCGUCAAAGGUUGAAAGCCUACAUUCGCUCUCAGACUGGGGUCCAAAUUUUAAUGAAGGUUGAACAUAUGCAACAAAACUUAGUAAGGUAUUAUGAACUGGAUCCUUAUAAAAGUCUCCUAGACAAUUUAAGGAACAAAGUGAUCAUUGAAUACCCAACAUUAUAUGUGGUAUUGAAAGGAUCUAGUAAUGACAUGAAAGUUCUUCACCAAGUGAAAAGUGAAUCUACCAAGAACCUUGGCAGUGAAAAUUGAGAACUUCUUUUGGAAGAAGAAGGUGAAAAUUCCAACAGUUGCAAAGAAUUAUGCAUUGAUGGGCUGUUGGAUAAUUGGGGUAUUAUUAAUGGCUGUUGGAAUUUUUGAUUUGUCUGAAAAGUACACAAUCUAAACUUUUUCUUUUAAUAAAUUGACUUUAUAUAAGAGCCUUUUUUCAUGGUAUGAACCCUAUUGAGCCUGAUCAGCAUAGAUUUUAUUAGACUUCAGUUUUUAAUAUGUUUACUCCUAUAGGCUGGAAACUUUUUUGUUAGUUUGAUGCAAGACCAUAUCUAAAGACCACUAAAGUCAACAAGUGCAUUGAAAGUUGGCAUUCUCUGUAGUGGCAUCUCACUAAAGAGAACCGUUGUGCCAGGUACCAUCUUGUUAAGGAAAACUGAUCCUUCUUCAGUUGCCUAUUCUUGUCUUUGGAGUAUAUACGUAAUUUAUCCCCACUUAAGACAGCUUUUAUACUAGCGAAACUCCCAGUAUGUUGUAUUGUGGAAAGGCUUGAUUAAAUAAGUACUGUUAACUACUAUUUCUUGUAUUCAGUUCGUAAAAUCAGCAGCUACACGUUGUGUGAGCAAUCAGUGCUCGGUGCUAAUGAACUUGACUACUAUUCACACAAUGAGCUAUGUUUUAUGAAUUCUGUGCCUCAUCCAGACCCAGUCUAUUCCCACUACCACACAAAUGGGUGUUGUGAUGACCAUGUUGAUUCUGUUUUGAUACAUCUAGCAGUAAAGAAGGGGAAAACCACUUGGAACUCUUCAAUGUGCUAGUGAAAUGUAUAUGUUUGUAUUUGUAUAUAUACAUAGCUUAAUUUAUACCUUAUGGCAGUUCACAUAUUGAAAUUAUGGUUUGCUAAUUUUAUUGGAAUUUAUAUAGUUAUGAAACUGCAAUGUGGCUAUAAAAGAGUAAAGGAUUAUUGUAUCUGUAUUGCAUCUAUGUACUUAAUGGUUAAAAAACAAUGAUAAAAUUGGACAUUAAUGGAAUUCAUUUUUGGUUUACAGUUAGAAUAAGUUUUAGACCAGAACAAAACCAGAGGCAUUAAAGAGACUUUGAAGGAUUAGAAAUAUGAAAAGAUAAUGAGUAUAGGAAAAAUUAGUAGAACACAAAUGUCCAUAUAACCUGGGAUAGAAAUUAAAGAAGAAAGUUCAAAAACAAUAAUGCCAGAAAGACUGUUGGUAUAAAAGUACCAGUGGAAAUAGGUUUCCUACAAAUGCACUUUGAGAAAAAUAUUUACAUUCUAAAGCAAUUUCAGAAAUCUGAUAUGGUAAAAGAUUUAUGUAGACUUGUGUUGUUUAUAAUAUUACUAGAUAGACAACUAAAAUGAAUUUUAAGGAAUUCAGAUUUUAUCUACAAGUGUAAUGUGUCUUACUGAAACAGGGAAGAGGUAGGAUGAAUUGAUCAAAUGUGUUAUAGAGUUGUUGGGAAAAGUGGAACAAAGUACCCCAAAAGAAUGUGACUUGAAUAUCAGGGUGGAAAGGAAUUUCCUGAUAGUGAAGUAGGAUGUAGUCCCAUUUCUAAGAAAAAUGUUGAACUCCAUCCCUGCUAGAAUUUAAAUUGAAAACUGGACAAAACUCAAAGAAUUUAUCAUCUAUUUUCCUUUGCCCAAGAAGAAAAAGAAAGAAAAUCUCCAUGCUGUAAUGCAUCUUUGCCAUCUCUGUUAUCUAGAAUUAGACUUUUCCAGAAAUAGGCUAUUUCUUAGGAAAGAAUUUAGCUAUCACAGUUCUAAAUACAACUCUCAUCUCAUUUGAUUAAUACACAUUUAUUCCCACAGGUUUUAUAAUAAACAUGGUUUUAGUGAAUAACCAUGUCAAAGAUUUGGAGGGAGUGAAAUUUAAAUACUUCACUGAGAUUCCUACAACUUUGUAAUGUUAAGACCCAAUUUCUUUUGAAAGAGGCCUUCUUUUGAAUUCUUGACAGAUUCUAAAAAGUAAACAAACUCCUUGACCCACAUUAAAUUCAACAUCCUGCAUUUUGUUAAUCACAUUUUAAGAUGAGAAAAUCUUCACCUGGUCUUCUUUAUUUUUUUAAACAUACUUUUCUAAGGGAAAAUAGGCUCUUCAUAAUCAUUAAUUAUUACAUAUGGGAUUAAUAGCCAUAAAUUACAGUAAAUAAAUCUUGUACCUGUUCCUAUUAUAAAUAUAAAUUAGAGAGGUACUAUAAUAGAUAUUUAAGAUUCUAAAGCAUCAUUGAGCCAAUAGAUCCAAUUUGUUUCCCUGUUCAAAUAGGGGAUCCAGGUUUCAAAAGUGUGAUAAAAUGUUAAGCACAUAACUGUAAUUCCAUAAAUUUCCUUUGUAUAUUUUGUUUAAUCAGGUUGAAAUAAACUGUAUAUAGAACUGAAUUUCAUUAUUCCACUUUUAUUAUCUCACAUGUUUUAUCCUAUUUAAUAUUACUAAAUUUUACAUAAAGAUUUAUUUUUAUUUAAUUGUACACUACUGUACUAAAGUGUGUUAAGUUUAUUUUCAAGUAGAUAUUAAUGCACUUUUGGGGCUAAGGGUGAUGCUGAGGGUCAAACGAGAGCCUUGCAUAUGCUAGGCAAGAACUGUACCACUGAGCUAUACUCACAACCUGUUAAGGCAUCUUUGAUUAUUAACCCUUCAGUUGUAAGUUAUAGAAACUCAAACUAUUACUCAAACUCAAAUUAUCAGCAUAAAGAGCAAUUUAUUGUCUUAUAUUUAGGGAAGUACGGGUAUGAUUAUAUCUAGGCACUCAAAGAAAUCAUCUUGCCAGCCAGGCAUGGUGGCACACGCCUGUAAUCCCAGCAACUCAGGAAGCUGAGGCAGGACAAUCACAAGUUCAAAGCCAGCCUCAGCAACUUGGUAAGACCCUACACAACUUAGUGAGAUCCUGUCUCAAACUAAAAAAUAAAAAGGGAUGGGGCUGUAGCUCAGUGGUAGAGUACCCCUGGGUUCAAUCCUUGGUACCAAAAACAAAAACAAAAAAAAAGAAGUCAUCCUGCCAUUCCUCACACUUGACUCUGACUCUGGUUUUGUUGUUUUUUUCUCUAGAUUGGUUUUCUCUUCCAGGAAGACUUUGUUUUGGGGGAUGUUCUGUUUGGGGUAAGAGAUGGUGAGGUGAGGGCAAUGAUAAUUGACAAUUUCAGCUUUACCUCUUCAUGGUAACCAAAGCUUGACAGUAAGCUAUGUAAAAUUUUGGAGAAGUAAACUUUGAUUUUACCUAUAUUGGACCACAUUCUGAGCUGAUCAGGAGAAGAAACUUUCCCCAGAGAAAAGUGGAAAAUACUAGGAGAAAGGGAGGAUGAAAGGAGCAAGUGAAGAAAAAUGGUUACUGAAAAUAAAAGUUAUAAUCCUCCAUUACACCCUAUUUGAAUUUCAGUAGCAAGAGACUUUUGAUAAGAAGUAAAAUUAAAAAUUAUGGGUUUUCCUUUAAAAAUGGGAACAAGACAGGGAUGUCCUCUUUCACCACUUCUAUUCAACUUUGUCCUUGAAACUCUAGCCAGAGCAAUUAGGCAGA